CAAGGCCCAGAGGAAAUGCCCACCCCACUCUCUUCUCAGGGUUCAGAGAUGGGCAGUGAAAAGGAGCAGUCUCCAGAGCAGCACCUGCCUGAGGAAGGGGACCUGGGUAAACCUUGGAGAGUGGAUGACUCCGAUGGGGAGAAAAAGCACAAGCAGGAGAAGCUGUCAGAGAGGCCAGAAGGAACCCACCCAAGAAAGCCAUGGCGGAAUGUCACUCCAGCUGAAGAGUCAGGGGACCCCACUGCACCUCCAAGGCCUGAGGUGGACGAGAAGCCCUUUAUAUGUGCCCAGUGUGGCAAAACUUUCAAUAAUACCUCGAAUCUGAGAACACACCAGCGAAUCCACACUGGCGAGAAGCCUUACAAAUGUUCUGAAUGUGGCAAGAGCUUCUCCAGAAGCUCCAACCGUAUCCGGCACGAGCGGAUCCACCUAGAAGAGAAGCACUACAAAUGUCCCAAGUGUCAGGAAAGCUUCCGGCGGCGCUCAGAUCUCACGACGCACCAGCAAGAUCACUUAGGCAAGCGGCCAUACCGCUGUGACAUCUGUGGCAAGAGUUUCAGCCAGAGUGCCACGCUAGCUGUGCAUCACCGGACUCACCUCGAGCCAGCGCCCUACAUCUGCUGUGAGUGUGGGAAGAGCUUCAGCAACAGUUCCAGCUUUGGUGUGCACCACCGCACCCACACGGGCGAGAGGCCUUAUGAGUGCACCGAGUGUGGGCGGACUUUCAGUGAUAUCUCUAACUUUGGGGCACAUCAGAGGACCCACAGAGGGGAGAAGCCCUAUAGGUGCACCCUGUGUGGGAAACACUUCUCACGGAGCUCAAAUCUCAUCCGACACCAAAAAACUCACAUGGGAGAGCAGAUUGUAAAGGAUUCCAGCUGA